GACCUCCAAAUUCCAAAAGAAAAUCCCCAAAUACUCAUUUUCCCGCCAUGGGGGAAGACACAGAGAUGAGAGAAGGCGACCCCAAUCUCCUCGAGAGGAAGCAAGCGACCUAUCGAUCCUUAGAUGAGAGGUACGAGAUCCAUGGAGAAAGGUACAAGGGGCAGCAGUACAGCCAAAUCUACUUCACUCGCCUUCAUCACAUGAGGAAUCUCCUCAGCUCGGUCACCCCCAAAUGGAAACCUCAUGUUCCAGUGAAUACAGUUUUGGAGCUUGAAGCAGGCAAAGAAUGCAUAAUCAUUGGAACUAUCUACAAGCAUAUGAAGCUCAAGCCUUGUGUUCUUGAUGAAUAUUCUAAGGAGAGAUCUGUGGUUCCGCUUGUCAGACCUCAUAAUUUCAUGCAUCCUGAUGAUUAUCUUGUCUUAGAAGAUGAUAGCGGAAGAGUUAAACUGACUGGAGAGCUGGUCAGCCCUUCAACUUUUGUAACAGGCAUUGUACUGGCGCUCCAUGGAAAGGAAACAGGUGGUGGUGAAUUUCUUGUUCAAGAUAUUCUUGAAGCUGGUCUUCCCCCACAAAUUGAGCGACCACAUGAUUCAAGAGAAGACAAGUAUGUGGUCUUUGUUUCAGGCUUGAAUGUCGGGAGCGACACCUUCAAUCCUCUACAGUUCCAGCUUCUUGUGGAUCAUGUAACUGGGCAUUUGGGGGAUGAAAACGAACAAGAGAUUGCAUCUCAAAUAGUUCGCCUUGUAAUUGCUGGAAAUUCUGUAGAAAUUUCACAAUGCUUACUUACUGGCCAGAAUAUAGCUUCAAAGGACCAUGCCAAACUCUCAGAACCAAUCAAAGAACUAGAUAUCCUAUUAACUCAGCUUGCUGCUGCUAUGCCUGUGGACAUCAUGCCAGGAUCUAAUGACCCAGCAAAUUUCUCCUUACCUCAACAGCCUUUGCAUAGGUGCCUUUUUCCAGGAGCAUCUGUUUAUAACACAUUCUUGUCCUGUACAAAUCCUCAUGAAUUUGAGCUUGAUGGCGCUCGGUUCCUUGGCACGUCUGGUCAGAACAUAGAAGAUCUAGACAAAUAUUCUGAUGCAAAAAGUAAGCUUGAAUUUAUGGAGAGGACGUUAAGAUGGAGGCACCUAGCACCAACUGCUCCAAACACCCUUGGGUGCUAUCCAUAUACUGACAAGGACCCUUUCCUCCUUGAGAGCUGUCCACAUGUUUACUUCGUUGGCAAUCAGCAUAAAUAUGAGACCUCUGUAUUACAAGGACCUGAUAAGCAAUUGGUGAGGCUUAUCUCUAUUCCAAGAUUUUGUGAGACUGGAGUUGCUAUCAUGCUAAAUUUGAGGAGUUUUGAAUGCCAUGUUCUCAGCUUCUCAACAAACUUGGAUAGCUAACAACAAAAGCUUUCACAUCUGGCUGUGAACUAACUGGUUAGUGUAUAACGUAGACUGACACAAGGAUUGUGGCAGAGUUCACUUGUUGCUAGAACAUGUCACAGAAAGGCGAACUGUGUGCCUCUGUCAUCGAUGAAGGAAAAACACCGAGGAACCCAGCACUUCAAUUUAAUGUCUCUGUUUGUUAUAAAAAUGUCACCUUGUAAAACCACUGUAAUCAUUUUGUACCUGUAAUCUUAAUUCCAUGAAUACUGACCAGGCAUUUGAUGCUGGACUACCCGAAGUACCCCCUUUGUGAUUAGUGUAUUAGAGAUUUAAGAGCGUGAUGUAACGUUUUAAAUGUUCUCCUGAGCUUACCAACUCCAAAUUUAACGGAUGAUUGUGUCAAUUUAUGUGGCGAUGUUCCCUUGGAUUCUGGUUC